UGUGAAAGUGGAUUCUUUUCGCUCUCCACACUCGCGCGGCCCAUCGUCCUCUACCGCUCGUGGGCUGUCACUGGGAUUUUAAACUGGUACACGCGACCAUCAACGGGACAAGAAACAUUUACGACAGAAAACUCACUGAGAAUAAACGUUCCUCGAAGAAAUAAGAAUUCCAGAAUAAUUUACCUUUUCUGCAGGUGCAGUUUUUAUCUUUGAGCUGACGGAUCGCGGAGAGAGUCUGCAUUUCUACAGGUAAACUAUGACCAGGUGGAUUGUAUUACUUUGUGUUUGUCUGUCCGUCACCUCGGCAACAUUCAACAAUUAUCAGCAAAUCAGCAGCUAUGAGCAGCACUCCUUUCUGGACCCUGAGGACACACUGAGUGUGAGCGUCCCCCUGGAGCUGCCUCAGCGCCCUCUACUGGGCAGCACCUUGGUACUACCCUGUUACUUCCAGGACCACACCGUCCACGACCCCGGCGCCCCCACCAUUGCCCCCCUGUCUCACCGCAUCAAAUGGAGCCGCAUCACCAAGGAGCGUGUCUCUGUCAUCCUGGUGGCCAUGGACGGAGAGGUCAAGGUGGAGGAGGACUAUCUGGACCGGGUCCACAUGGUGGGCUACCCCCAGACCCCCACUGACGCCAGCAUCAAGAUCACAGAGUUGAGGUCCAACGACACCGGCACCUACCGAUGUGAGGUCCAGCAUGGCAUUGAGGACAACCAUGACACUGUGGACGUCCUGGUUCAAGGUAUCGUGUUUCACUACCGGGCCAUCACGACACGCUACACACUGACCUUUGAGAAGGCCAAGGCAGCCUGUAUCCAGAACAGUGCUGUGAUCGCGACCCCAGAGCAGCUCCAGGCCGCGUACGAUGACGGCUUCCACCAGUGUGAUGCCGGCUGGCUCUCUGACCAGACUGUCAGGUACCCAAUCCAUGAUCCACGUGAGAAUUGCUAUGGCGACAAAGACGAGUUCCCCGGGGUGCGAACCUACGGAGUGAGAGAUGUCAACGAGACUUACGACGUGUACUGUUUUGCCGAGAAGAUGACAGGCAGUGUGUUCUACUCUGGCUCUGUGGCUAAGUUCACCUACUCUGAGGCUGAGGAACAGUGUAGUAAGCAGGGGGCCCUGUUGGCCACCACAGGACAGCUGUACCUGGCCUGGCAGGCUGGUCUGGAUGUGUGCAAUGCAGGCUGGCUAGGAGACAGGAGCGUCCGCUACCCCAUCAAUGUCCGGAGGCCGCAGUGCGGAGGGGGUCUGCUGGGGGUACGGACCGUGUACCUCCACGUCAACCAGACGGGGUACCCCCUCCCCGAAUCCCGGUAUGAUGCCUACUGCUACACAGAAACGGACGAGGAGGGCUCAGGCAUGGUGGUGCCCACCGAGGCGGGCAGCGGCGUGUUGAGCGUUGCCACGGUGACCCAGGGUCCUCCCGAGGUGUUCUUCAGGAACAUGACCACAGAGAGCGAGGCGCUGGGCGAGGACCUGGCCACCCAGAAACCCACUAGUGUGGACUUCACCUUCGGCACUGAGUUGCCCCUGCCACAGCCGCCCAGUGUCACCGAGCUGCCACAGCCGCCCAGUGUCACCGAGCUGCCACAGCCGCCCAGUGUCACCGAGCUGCCCCUACCACAGCCGCCCAGUGUCACCGAGCUGCCCCUGCCACAGCCGCCCAGUGUCACCGAGCUGCCACAGCCGCCCAGUGUCACCGAGCUGCCCCUACCACAGCCGCCCAGUGUCACCGAGCUGCCCCUACCACAGCCGCCCAGUGUGACAGAGUUGGUUGUGGAUGUGGUGGGGAGAGUAACGGCCAGGCCGGAUGUGGGGAGUGAGAUCGGCGAAGUGAGCAGAUCAGGAUAUUUAUUUUCUGCUACAGGCGUGGUGUUUCACUACCGUGCUGGAUCUAGUCGCUAUGCCUUCACCUACGUGGAGGCCCAGCUGGCCUGUCAGAGUGUUGGAGCCUCCAUCGCCACCCCAGAGCAGCUCCAGGCUGCCUAUGAGGCCGGCCUCAACCAGUGUGAUGCAGGCUGGCUUCUGGAUCAGACCGUCAGGUAUCCCAUCGUGUCUCCUCUGGAGAAGUGCUCUGGGGAUCUGGAGACUUUACCAGGAGUGAGAACCUAUGGACUGAGGCCCGCUGACGAACGCUACGAUGUGUACUGCUACGUGGACAGACUCAGGGGUGAUGUGUUCCAUGCUGGCUCCAGUGAUGGCUUCACCUAUGACGGUGCUCUGUCUCACUGUCAGGAGCUGAACGCUACCCUGGCCUCUACUGGCCAGCUCUACGCCGCCUGGAGACAAGGCUUGGAUAAUUGCCGCGCAGGUUGGCUAAUCGACCGGAGUGUCCGGUACCCCAUCACCAACCCCCGGGCGGCGUGUGGUGCAGGGAAGGCAGGGGUGUACACAGUAUACACCCACAACAACCAGACGGGAUACCCAGACCUGUAUUCCAGAUAUGACGCCUACUGCUUCAAAGUGGACAUCUUGUUUGUCGCCAAUGAAACUGGAUUGAACAUCACAGAGAUAGAAGAGGCUUUGGUUAACCUCACAUCCAUCACUGAUUUGCUGAGGCCUGUCCUGCCUUCCAUCACUCCUCCCAUCUCUGUGGAGUCCUCAGGUUCUGGUUCCGGGGCCUCUGGGGCGAGUGGAUCCUCCGGAGAUCUCUCUGGUGAUCACUCCGGUGAACUGCCUCAUUCCGGGGAUCUGUCCGGGUCAGGUGAUCUUUCAGGCAGCGGAAGCGCAGAGAUUCCCAGCGGAUCAUCUGGUCUGAGUAGUGGAGAUGCGUUCGGCUCGGGGCUGAGUGGAGACGGAUCGGGAAUAACGGUCACUUCAGGGAGGGGCAGUGUUUUAUCCGGUUUGGGCUCUGGGGGUCCUCAGGAGGCUGGAGAGGGAAUAACGGUCACCUUCUCUUCAGGGAGUGGCAGCGUUUUAUCCGGUUUGGGCUCUGGGGGUCCUCAGGAGGCUGGAGAGGGAAUAACGGUCACCUUCUCUUCAGGGAGUGGCAGCGUUUUAUCCGGUUUGGGCUCUGGGGGUCCUCAGGAGGCUGGAGAGGGAAUAACGGUCACCUUCUCUUCAGGGAGUGGCAGCGUUUUAUCCGGUUUGGGCUCUGGGGGUCCUCAGGAGGCUGGAGAGGGAAUCACUGGGAUCCUCACCUUCCCCACGGAAAUGGGAUUGGGAAUGUUCAGUGGCAGUGGGUUCCUGUCGGGAUCGGGAAGUGGCUCCGGUGUCAGUUCUGAGGAGAGCGGCUCUUCGUCUGACAGCUCCAGCAGCUCUGGGGAAAGUGGGGAGUUGUCUGGAAUGUCGUCCGGCUCCAGCUCUAGUUCCAGUGAGGAGUAUUCCGGAUUUCCCUCAGGAUUCUUUCCCUCAGGAGGCUCCGGUGGUCAUUCGGGAGAGGAGUCAGGAAGCGGAGACACUCAGGUCCUGCUGAUCGAUGGUAAACUGGUGGAGGUUUCCACCUCUCACACACACAAAGAGAAGGAGCUGGGUGGAGGGGGCCUGGAAUUCAGCGGCUCCGGAUCUGGCAGCAGUGGCUCUGGGUUCUUCCCGAGUGUGACCUUCUUGGGGUCAGGGUUUACCGACCUCACAGGGUCAGCCUCAGGGGAACAGGAGGCCUCGGGGUCUCGCCACUACGGCUCCGGAAGUGGUGAUAUCAGCGGUUCGGCCUCGGGCAGCAGCGGCUCAGGGUUCUUCCCGGGUGUGACCUUCUUGGGGUCAGGGUUUACUGACCUUACGGGGUCAGCCUCAGGGGAACAGGAGGCCUCGGGGUCUCUCCACUACGGCUCCAGAAGUGGUGAUAACAGCGGUUCGGACUCGGGCAGCAGUGUCUCAGGGUCCUUCCCGGGUGUGACCUUCUUGGGGUCAGGGUUUACCGACCUCACGGGGUCAGCCUCAGGAGAACAGGAGGCCUCGGGGUCUCUCCACUACAGCUCCGGAAGUGGUGAUAUCAGCGGUUCGGCCUCGGGCAGCAGCGGCUCAGGGUUCUUCCCGGGUGUGACCUUCUUGGGGUCAGGGUUUACUGACCUUACGGGGUCAGCCUCAGGGGAACAGGAGGCCUCGGGGUCUCUCCACUACGGCUCCAGAAGUGGUGAUAACAGCGGUUCGGACUCGGGCAGCAGUGGCUCAGGGUCCUUCCCGGGUGUGACCUUCUUGGGGUCAGGGUUUACUGACCUCACAGGGUCAGCCUCAGGGGAACAGGAGGCCUCGGGGUCUCUCCACUACGGAUACGGAGCGGGAAGAGGUGGAUACGCAUCAGGGUUCGGAACGUCGGGCUUCCCAUCCGGGGACAUGUCUGGAAUCUCCAGAUCCUCCACCAGCGAUGAGGAGGACAGCGUUGUCACCUUCCUGACUAAUGACUUCAUGACAGAGGUUUCCAAGGCGACCAUGGUUUCCAUGGAGCUGGGGGCUGGGCCAGUGCAGUUCAGCGGGCAGGGAAGUGGGUCCCACACAUGGAGCGGUGCUGACCACCCAACCCAGGCCAGCGGUGUCUCAUCUGGGGCACACUCUGGAGAUCUGCUCCCUGUGGUGCUGUCCUCUCCGCCCAGCAACAGGGAGCUUAUGGAGGGCACAGAAGGGCCAGAGGAGGCCAUGGCUGGCAGGGCUGAGCUGGGGGAGACCACCAGCGAGUUUUACGUGACCUUUGCCCCCGACCUUGCUCCUGCCGGAUUGGCUGCCCCAGCCAUCUCCCUGCAGACCCCUGCCGUCAUGGAGGAGCCAUCCUCAGAGGAGGGUAUCCCUAACCCAUGUGACCCUAACCCGUGUGGUGCUGGGUCAUGCUCAGUGGAGGAUAGUGUUGGGUUGUGCAAGUGUCCGCCCGGGAAAGUGGGAGAAGGGUGCCAGUAUGAGGUUGAUGUGUGCCAUUCCAACCCUUGUGCCAAUGGAGCCACCUGUGUGGAAAAUGCAGACUCUUACAAAUGCUUAUGCCUGCCCAGCUACGGAGGGGACCGCUGCGAGAUUGACGAGCAGGAUUGUGAGGAGGGGUGGACUAAGUUUCAGGGCAACUGUUACCUGCACUUCCCCGAGAGAGAGACCUGGCUGGAUGCCGAGCAGCGCUGCCGAGACCUCAGCGCUCACCUGGUCAGCAUCAUCACCCCAGAGGAACAGCACUUUGUCAACUCCAACGGCCAGGACUACCAGUGGAUUGGGCUCAAUGACAAGACAGUGGAGAAUGACUUCCGCUGGAUAGACGGCACACCACUGCAAUUUGAGAACUGGCGGCCGAACCAGCCGGAUAACUACUUUAACUCUGGAGAAGACUGUGUGGUGAUGAUCUGGCACGAGAACGGCCAAUGGAACGACGUUCCCUGCAACUACCACCUGCCCUUCACCUGCAAGACUGGCCCAGUCUACUGUGGGGCACCGCCAGAGGUGGAGAAUGCCACGAUGUUCGGCAGCAGGCGGGAGCAGUAUACUGUGGGGUCCAUCAUCCGCUACCAGUGUAACCCAGGCCUCCUACAGCGCCACCUGCCUGUGGUGCGCUGCAUGGCAGACGGACAGUGGGAGAAGCCACAGGUGGAAUGCCUGGGCGCAGUGCCCUCCCCCAGUAACAGAAUACAGCGCAGAUCAAUCAGAAGGCGAGGAGAAUCAACCAGCAGCAAACGUCACUAAGCAGGGAAGAUUAAGGGAGAUCUGUUGAAGAUAAUUAUUUUAUAAGAACAGUUACAGAACACAGAAGCCAUUUUCUAACUUACUAAAGAGGUUUGAAUGUUUGAAGUACCCACCUUGUACAUAAGACCAAAUCAACUUAGAGCAGUGACAUUGUCUUUUCAGUUUGUCACUCUCUGACUAUUUCAAAAACAGUAUAAAUUAAGCCAUUAUGUAAUUGUAUGUUUUUGUCAUUCUUGUCCCAAAAUAAUGACAUGUUCAUUAUAUAUAAGAGUUGUUUAUUGUUUGGAGUUUUAUUGUUAUUAUUAAUAUAAUUUUUGGUUUUGGUGGAUUGUGAUGCCGUUGAUAAGAUGUGAGUUGUUGCUAAAAUGCUUUGUCCAUGUCGCCAACUAGACUGGAUUAUGAAGACACGGUGUAGGGUGAAGUUUCCGCUAGACACUGAUCUUGGGUCAGUUUUACUUUUCCUCCACUAAUGGUUAAGAUUAGGGUUGGUGGAGAGGAAGCUGAUCUUAACUCUGUACCUAGGGGAAACUUCACCCCGGAGCAUGUACUCAUAGACGGUGCAUCAAUCAGACUCUCUAGUCUGUUCUAGAUCUUUGCCAAACCAGACAGUGUGUGUUAGACUGUACCACCCAGAGGUAAACACCCAAUCUGGCCAGCCGGUAUUUAGUGGGGGUUUGGCACGUUGCUAUGAGCCAAGCAGAGGCUUGGUGAAAUUCACCCAUGAGGAGAUACUAGACAGUCAGAAGUAUGUUUGUAUUCUGGAGGUGCCUACGUAAUAUACACUCACUAUGGGAGAUGCAUAUAGGUCUAAUAAUCCACGAAGGACUGUGAAUUUGAUAGAAAAAGUCUAUUGAGUUACUUUUGAGCGCUGUUAGCCUAGCAAUGUUAGCAUAGCAAUGUUAGCCUAGCAAUGUUAGCAUAGCAAUGUUAGCCUAGCAAUGUUAGCCUAGCAAUGUCCGGUUGUUGCAAUGAUAAGCAAGAUGAGGUAAAGGGGAUGAGAUCUUGUGCAUGUAUCCACCAAACAAGCAUUCAUGAGUCACCAAAUUCUCACCUAUCUUUAAAAUACUAGAUGCUAAAGGGGAAAACAAUAUUUAUAAUUGUCAGAUGUCUUCAUACAUCAAAAGUGGUGUUGUGUCAAACCGAGAAAUCUUUUACGCUUCAAUGAAUAAAAAUGUCUGACGAGUUUUGAUUUUGGGGUGAACGAUCGCUUUCACCUUUUACUGCAGUGGGCUAAAUCAGGGUCACAUAAAUCUACUUUGAAACAAAAGUAUACACCUCACACACAUGGUUAUGGGCUUAAAAGAAAUAAGACACCUGUACCAUGUCACAUAUAGAGUUGAAAUGUAUUAAAUGUUGAGUUUGAAUCCCAAUAUUACACUUUAUAUACAUCACAGAAAACUGAAAUAUAACAAAACCGUCUGACAUAGAAAAAAUGUGUUCAAAAAAAUGCUUAUUAAUUAUGAAAAAUAUGAAUAACAUUCCACCCAUGAGGCCACUAGGUCAUUUGACUGCAGGAAAUGGCUAUGGGAGGGGAUAAUAAGGGAGAUAUUAUUUAUUUAAUCUCUAAGUCAUAAAGAGAAAGCUAGCGAAGCCGACACAGCAGGCUACUGUGUCCGUCUGUAUUUCAAACCUACAUCAGUUGUUUAGAGCAGAAGGGAGACAGAGUGCCUGAUGUGAAUAAUACACAGCAAUGCUAGAAUCUCUGCCUGCCACACUGGAGAGGCAAUCUACUGAGGCUGCCCUAAAAUAAGAGUGAAAGAGGACUCAACUUCUCAAAUAAAAGAGAGAGGACUCAACUUCUCUCUCAGGUUCAGUAGUGACACGAUAGAGUAAAAAAACAACAGGGUUGGGGUCAAUUCCAUUUAAAUUUCAGUCAGUUAAUUCAUUGAAUUCAUUGAAGUUCACUGUAUUUAUUUCCUGAGGGGAUUGGAAUUGAAUCGGAAUCGACCCCAUGGUUUGUCAACAAUGUUGUUGGCCUAAACAGGACCAAACGGAUGAAUGUCAUUGGUCGGUUUGACACUUUCGUCGUCUCACACAAGGCUGUGCAGUGCAUAGCAACUCCAUGGGACCAGUUUUAUUAACAACUGCAAUAGCUAUCAGAUCAAAUGUUUCUCUUCAUUGUCUGUUUUGUUUCACAGAAAAACCUCAGCGGACACAUUUAUUUAAACUCCAGAUCCAUCGCCAUUUUAAUCGCUUGUAGUCCUUCAGUUUUGUAUUGUAUGCAUAACCUGCUGUUAUAUCUGAUGAAGAUAUAGAUGCUUCAUUCCUUGUUUAUGUUUACAGGAGGCUGUGCCUCCUCCUUCAACACACCGUCAUAUGUCUUGCUGGCCAAAAGCUUCACCUGCAAUCAUAAACCAUAUACCAAUCAAAGACAUGACGGAGAGGUUCCACAAAGAACAGGCUUAAAGCAAUUCUAUACCUGGAACUUCCGAUGACAGAAGUGUCAUUUAAAGUUACACACACCAUUAUGUUUUACUGUACCCCUACAGGGCUGAAAGUAUUAAGAGCUUUUAGAAGAUAAUAACACAAUGCCAGGUCUAGUGUAUAGAAUCAAAAGGACAUAAAUGCCUCCUGGCAUUGCUGAGGGAUGAUUGUCUCCAAAGCAGCUGAAGCAACUUGACAAAGGGGCGUAGAGCAGUGUUUAGCAACCUUUUACUACCAGUGAUUGGCUAACUAUGACCCCCUUGACAACUAACCGCCUGAGGGACCUGUCAGCAACAUCCCUGGGAAAGGUGCCGGUCCACGGACCAGAGGUUGAGAAACACUGGUGUAGAGCACUCCUGCAACUCCCCCGACCCUGCCAUCUGUUUAGGGUUGUGUACUGUAGGCACAAAACAGGAGCAAAAUGUUCUGAAAUGGAGCACGGGAUCAGUUACCUGAACACUUCUCCUGUUUUCUUCUGUUUCCCACUAGGCACUAACUGGUUGAAUCAACAUUGAUUCCAUGUCAUUUUAACAGCAAAGAUCUAUGUGAUGACAUUGAAUCAAUGUGGAAAACUGAUUGGAUUUGCAAAAAGUGAUCAAUGUAAAGGAUUUCAGGUAUAAUUGUCUUUUUUUCACCUAACUUUUAUCCUAAAUCCAAUGAGAAGGUUAGCAUGUUUGUUGAUUUUACUUUGAGUUCACGUUAGUUGACAGUCAAAACUAGAUGUUGAACUGACGUCUUUGUCCAGUGGGUUGCGUGAGAGCGACUGACCCUGUGCAUGAACAGGCCCAAUAAACCACACACUGAGAACAUCAUGAGUAGAGGUGUAGAGGUUCUAGUCUUAUGGAGCUCGACAGAAUGUACCCAAAUGUGCCUGAAAUGAACUGUUUGUCUUCCAAUGUCUGUAUUCAACAUUUGUUCCAAAACAUGCCAAAUAAAGAUACUUUACUUGUUA